AUGGAUUGGGUUGAGCUAAUUAAGGAUCCCGUUAGCUUCACUAGUCAAAAGCAGAAAAUUUUCGAGCACAAAGAACUACCUAAAGUGAAGAAUGCUGUCUCAAUAACUUUCCGGAUAAAACUCAAGACUCAUUCUAAUAAUUGGGCUACUAUUUUUCACAAAGGCACCGGCGACUACGAUCGUACUCCCGGAACGUGGCUAUCAGCUGGCACAUCCCACUUGCAUGCUCGCUUCACUGGCAACUACUAUAACAAUGCAGGGAUUGACUCGGUCGAAGGCGGACUUUUGUUAGGCAAAUGGUACCAUGUAGCAUAUACACUGUCUGACACCGAAAAAAGGUUGGAUAUCUACGUUGACGGUGAAUGGCGCGCAUUAGCUGCUAUCGUCAACGUUCGCACGGAGCAAGUAAUUUUCAAUAAAGGCCCGUUGCAUAUUGGACGUGCUUAUUCCUGGGAUUCAUUCAAUGGCGAAAUCAGUUCAUAUGCACCGCCUGGAAAUCCAUAUCCGCAGGCAAGUUCGUACGCGCCGCCGCCACCAUAUUCGCAGGCAGGUCACAGUGAUCCAUACCCGCAGGCAGGUUAUGCAACCUCGGGUAAUCCAUACCCGCAGGCAGGUUAUGCAACUUCGGGUAAUCCAUAUCCGCAGGCAGGUUAUGCAACUUCGGGUAAUCCAUAUCCGCAGGCAGGUUAUGCAACUUCGGGUAAUCCGUAUCCGCAAGCAGGUUCAUAUACCUUGCAGACACAUCAGCAUCCGGAUAAAAAGUCAUCUCAUUCAAAUAAAAAAUCAUCUCAUUCACAUAAAAAGAAGUCAUCAAAGAAUCGUCAUCACAAGCACUCAAAAUCAGGAUCUUCAUCUUCAUCUUCAUCAUCGUCUUCCGAUUAG